AUGGCAGCCGAGGGCCCCCAACUGACCCCCGUCGGGGAAAAGUCCCUACCAGCAAAAUGCAAGGCGCAGGCCGUGGCGUACUGUCCCACGAUGGACUUGAUAGCGCUGGCAACCGAGGACGAGGAACUGCGCGUAUUCCGACUUAACGGACAGCGCGUGUUCGGGGGUUCUUUUGGUGGAGAUCCGUACCUGGGCGAGGAUGAAGAGGAUGGCGAGAUUAGAGGGAUGGCAUGGAAGGGGAAUGGUCGCCUCCUCGCUGUCGCGUGUGGAGAUGGCUCACUCCGCAUCAUCAGUUCGUACACUGGGAAGACGGUGCACCACUACCAGACCUACCAGCAGAAAGAGGACUCCAAUCCCAAUGAAAAAGCGACACCCAAGGCCACAUGCGUCGGGUGGGGCGUUAAUUUCACUGAUAGCAAAGCCGCACAGCGGCAUUUGGAUGAGUCCGCGGGCCAGAUAUCCGUCGACGACCUUUUAGCCCCAGGAGUUUAUCCCUCCAAGGCGACUGAGAUGCUUAAAGCAGAUUUACCGAGGGAACUUGCCUUGCUGGAUAUUGAGAGCUCGUUACCAAAGCUGAGCACUCUGCCUGCAACAGGAGGCGAAGACGACGUCUUUAGCUCGCGGGCGUCCCUCGAUGCCAUCUUCCAUUCUUCGAGGGAUACCAAUGACUCGGUCGAUGUGCUUUCUGUCGGGUUCAACGAUGGAACCGUCCACCUGCGCAUAUUUGAUUGCUUUGAGAUUGGCUCUUUCCCUGUGGGAAGCUCCACGGGUGUGUCCGACUCGUGUCGUAUCUUGCGGCAUGCCUCGCAUCCUUUAAGCUCUACACAUGCUCUGCUGGUAUCGCCGGCCAAGGGAGAUACUCGAGGUCCGCUUGAGCUUGUUACUAUGGACCUUCGCUUUAUUACGAAGUCUGGGAGGUAUUUGUCUCUUCUUGCGUCGAAGACUACUCAGCUUCAGAAUUUGUUGCGGUAUAUUGGUCAGGUGCAGCGGCAGAUUGAGCUUGAGUGGAAGAAUGCCCAGGAACUUCCUGCGCGGUUCUUGCGCAGUGUUAAUGAGGACUUGCGGGAGAAAUGCCAGUGUGAUUUUAUCACUGCUAUCUAUCACCUGGUGGUCACUGGUCAUUGCUUUGAGCCCAUGAAAGAGUUCCUCAUUGAUAUUGUUGGAGAUAGAGGCCACAAGCGAUGGGAUAAGGCUGUCUCGGGUGGCUAUGAGAAUAUCCGACGACUGACACACGAAUGUCUCCUUCCAGCCUUGGAACGCAGUCAGGUGCUUCUAAGUCGAUUGGUUGGAUUAUCUAAAUUCCAUAAGCUAAGUGAUGUCCUUGGCCUGGACACGACCAAACUCAAUGCCAUUGUGGAGACACUUGACUGUCUCCAUCUUCUUGCGCACCGUGUUCUCACUCAUGCCAACGAGGAACUGGGUCAAUUCGCCGCUUUCUCCAGAUGGCUUCGCCAAGAAAUUCAGGUUCUUAACAGCGACCCCUUGUCGCAAACACUAGAAGAGAUGCAGGAGAAGAGAGACUUGUUUGAUGUCCCUCCUACUGUGAAGUAUAUCAAAGGUGCACUGACCAAGAGUGCUCUACGGAACUUCAUCCGCCAACUCCCGAUGAUCGGAGUUGUUCCACCCCCUGCUCCUCCCGCUGAUAAGUGGCUUCCAGGUGGCCACGACCGCUCGUUCUUCGACACAUACAAGUCACUGCUUCAGCAGCAACGCGAGGCUCGGGAGAAAGGUGGUGAUGGUACAUCGGUCGAGACGCCUAAGCUCAAUGACUUGACGAGACGUCUAGGAGUCCAGUUUGAGAAGGUCUUCGCAGAUAUUGCCUUGACUCAACGCAGGGGAAUUCUCCAUCGCUCACCUUUGACGCUUCACUCUGACUGCGACCAAGAGGUUACCGAUUUGACUUUCUGCUACGAGGAUGCCAUGGAAGACCAUCCUUGCUCGAUAUACGUCGCCACGCGAUCAGUCACAUCAAAAAAUCGAGUCUAUCUCUACCGCGUCGUCCUCAACUCAGUCGGCGGCGUCAGCUCAACAAGAAGUACAUCUCUCGCAAUCCUCGACCUCCAAAACGGCGAAGCCCGCCAACUCCAAUUCGUCAAUGACAACACACUUAUGGUGCUUUGGCGCGACGGCAAAGGAUCUUCCAGUCUCCUCAACUUCCCCUUCCAGCCCGCCUCAACACAACCCCAAAGCGAGGCAGCCGACCAACUACCUCUGGUGCUUGACUACAUUGAGUGUGAUAGCAUGUCAUCCGCUCUCAAACCUACUACAUCGGCUACAACACUAGAUCUCUCGCCUGAAUCACCUCACGUGGGCGUCCUUGUACAUCGCUUUGCUCUGCAUGGCCCCAAGGCGCGACCUAUGCAUGUUGAUGUUAAUGGACGGAAGGGACGGCGCGCUAUUUGUGUUUUGUAUGGGGAUGCUAUGCGGUAUGAGGUUCUGGACUUGGAUGCUGCUAUGGAAGAGGAGGAUGAGGAAGAAGAUGAGGAUUAUCAAGAUGGUGAUGAGGAGGAAGAAGAAGAUGAUGACGAUGAGGAAGUCUUUGAUAGUGAUGAAGAGAAUAAUGAGAAUUAG